UUUUCUCUUUCUCUCUCUCAAAUUCUCUAUCACACAACAAACAAACACUCUCUCUCUUUCUCUCUCUACAGCUGCAUUUUGCCUUUCUGUUUCAGUCUUCAGCUUCAAUUCCAAUUCCAACCUGUUUCAAUUCUGAUGGGGUGGAACCAUCAAUCAAAAGAAUAAACAAAAAAAAAAGGGUCCCUUUGUUUAUGGGGUUUUGUAGUUUACAACAUUACAUGUACAUACAACAUAGUUGUUAUAUAUUAAGGUGAUGAUGUUUUUAUAUUCAAGUGUUUGGUAGAGGUGGUGGUCGUGGUGGUGGUAGUGGUAGUGGUAGUAAUAAACCUGAUUGUGUGUUGUGUCUGUCGGCGCAAGGUCACUUUCUGUCGGCAUUGUCUGUAUCCACUAUGCAACGAUGAUGAUACACUAUUGCUUUGUGUGUGCUGUGUGAUGUGAGAGAGAAGAGAAAGUGUUGUUUCAAAUAAAAUUUAAUAAAAGAAAGAAAGAGAGGUUUUAGUUUAGUUUAGUUUACUUCUGGGUUUUCAAUUUCAUUGCUUCCAGAGUGGCACUGCUGAGUUGAAUUGAAUUGAAUUCAUAAGUACUAAGUGAAGCUUCAAGAGUUUGCUUUCUGAUCUAAAAGGGUUUUUGUUUUUGGGUUUUGGGUUGAUUUUGAUGCCCAUUUUCUCUAUCUGCUUCCUAUUGAUUUGAUUGGCGUGAGGUUUUGCUCAAUUUGGUUGUUCAUAUGAGGGAAGAAGGAGGGAGAUUGUGGGUCAAUCUUGAUUACCGUGAGGGGCAUUGGAGGCUCCUUCAGUGUGUCAUUGGUAAAUGAAGCUCAGGCUUUCUGAGAUCCUGCCUCAUUGUGUAAUAGGUUUCAUGUAUAAUAAUAGUUCACAUAAACUUGUACAGCACAAGUGAAGUGAUUCACAAGUGAAGUGAUUCCCAUACCAGAUGUCAAGUUCUCUUGCAGCAAUAUUAGGAGGAGCUGCAGGAGGAGCCGUGGCAUUGGUAGGGAUAUCUAUAAUACUUUUAUGGUUUUGUUUGUGUCGCCAGAGGAGUGUUUCUAGGACUUCGGAGACAGGUUCCUCUGAUCCUUCCCAAGUGGGAAGACAUGGUGCAAUUGAGUUGCAGAUACGAGAUACUAGGCGUUUUGCGAUGGAAGAACUUUCUCUGGCAACAAAAAAUUUCAAUGACAGAAAUUUGAUUGGACAAGGGAAAUUUGGGGAAGUUUAUAAUGGUUUACUUCAAGAUGGGGUGCUUGUAGCCAUCAAAAAACGCUUUGGAACCCCGAGUCAGGAAUUUGUUGAUGAGGUACGCUAUCUCUCGUCUAUUCAACAUCGGAAUAUCGUAACUCUUAUAGGCUACUGCCAGGAAAACAAUCUGCAGUUUCUCAUAUAUGAAUAUGUGCCUAAUGGAAGCGUCUCCAGUCACUUGUAUGGCGCUGGUCAACAAUCUCAAGAGAAGCUAGAAUUCAAGCUUAGGCUUUCAAUAGCUCAAGGUGCAGCAAAAGGUUUAGCUCAUAUCCACUCUCUGAGUCCCCGUUUGGUGCACAAGGAUUUCAAAACAGCUAAUGUUCUUGUAGAUGAAAACUUCAUUGCUAAGGUUGCAGAUGCUGGGCUAAAACAUUUUUUGGGGAGAGUUGACAUUGCAGGAUCAUCUUCUCAAGUGGCAGCAGAUGAGAUAUUCCUUGCACCUGAGGUGAGAGAGUUCAGACGAUUUUCUGAAAAGAGCGAUGUAUACAGCUAUGGCGUAUUUUUGCUUGAAUUGUUGAGUGGGAAGGAAGCAACAGAAUCACCCUCUCCGGACUCCAAUCUAAAUCUGGUUGAAUGGGUUCUAAGAAAUCAAGACCGCCACCUUAUGUCCAAAAUCAUUGAUAGGAGAUUGGAGAGUAGUUUCACAGCUGAAGGCAUGGAAGCUUACAUCCUGCUUGUAAUCAGAUGCUUGGAUCUUUCGAGCGAAAGACGACCCGCCAUGAGCUAUGUGGAAACGGAACUUGAUAGAAUCCUGGAGAAAGAAAUGAACUUGACAACAAUCAUGGGUGAAGGAACCCCAACUGUGACUCUUGGAAGUCAGUUAUUCAAAGCAACUAAAUAAAGAAAAAAAGAAGGUAUUAUUAUGAUAAAAUUGUUACAUAUUAUUAUAUCUUGUGAAUUCCAUCUUUGCUUUCUUAUUUUUACCAGAGAAUAGGGCCAGCUUCUUCAUAAGUGUAUAAAGAGUAGCUGUAUCCCCCCUACCCUUUUUUCCUGGGCCAAUGAACAGCUGUAUUCUUUGUUUUUUUAUUUCUGAUUUUUUUUCUUCAUAAAUGUCUGAGAUCUCUUGUAAGCCAUUAUUUGUUGUUAAUAUGACAAUGAAGAUUGGGUUGGUGUGGUAAAAACUAUUUAUCAGUUUUAUA